GUUGCUCCUGUGGCAGAGGCUGAUGACGGAGCGCUGGUUCCCCCGGAGGAGGUAGCUCCCAGCUGGCUGCUUCUGCGGCCACGCGAGGUCGUCAAGGCUGCGCCGGAGAUCUCGGCGCAGAGCGACGAUGACCUCGGGGAGUUUCGCCUCUUAGACACUGCGCCAGCAUCUGUGGUAGUAGAAGAAGCUUUGAGUCUUGCAUCUGCCUCCGCCUGGUCUUCUAAGCUGUCGGAGCGCUGGGACGAGGUGCUUCGGCAGCUAAUGCGCAGGGAGCUGAACAGCUCUCAGGCUCUGCUGGUCCUUCACAGCCUGGUUCGCCUAGAUUACCACCAUUCAGCAUUGCUCGAGAGGCUGGCCGAUCGUCUGGAGAGCCGGUAUUUCAGCGCGUCACAUGAAAUUGAGGAUGUUGAAGAUGAUGUGGAGGCUCUCCGGCAUCAUCAUGGUAAAAAGGUGAAGGGGCAUGCAGCAGAACUCCUCUCGUUGUUCCCCCAGGAGGGCUCCUUCCAGUCCUUGAUUGAGAACCUCCCUCUCAGCCACAAAGUGGCGUUGAUCCUCAUUCGAUGCACUUCACGUCCCCGGCGAGGAGGCGCCGUCCCACCUCGGAUUCAAGUUGAGCCAGAAACCGAUGCAAAGAAGGCUUGGAAGACAACGGAUCCUGUGGACAUGGAGGAGUUCGAGAAGGAGCGCUUCCUGUCGGGUCGCUGGAAAGUCUUGCGGAUGCGUGACGUGAGGGCGAAAGUGACCCGGAUGCCACCUGGGAAACGGCUCAGAGCCACCUUAGCCAGCCAGCUCCUCCAAGUUCUUCCGACAGCAGAUGCUGAAUCAUUGGCGGAGAUCUCCCAGAUUGCUGCCUUCCCCAACGCGCGGCUGCUGACUGGCGACUUGGAUCUGGAUUUCCGAGAGGCACUUGCGAAGCGCAUUGGAGCGCUCCAAAGCCAUGACAUUUGGCCACGCCUUGUUGCCUUUGCCUCUGCACUGAACGGAGGUGACGGCCCAGAAGCCUACCGAGCCUGGCGUCGGAGGCUGAUUCCUGAUGCCUUAGCCCUGAUGCGACUGCAGAAGCGAGAUGCAAUCCUGAAGGGCCAGAGGUUCAUUCACUCUCGGCUCGGUGGCGUGGCAACAGACCCUAACCAUCAACAGGCAGAGACAUCAGCACGUUUGCUGAUCGCCUUUGCCGGCGCGCGCCAGGUCACCAUGGACGUGGAGCUUCUGGAUGCCUUGUCCGCACCUCUUCAGGAUGCCUUGGACUCUUGGCUGGAGAAUGGCGAGGAGGAGGGGGGGCUGCCGCUGGCGCCGGCAACCAUAGCAGAUGUUCUCAGUGCCCUUGUGUCCUGUGGCAUACAACCUCUUCGGCUUCACCAAAUGCUGGCUGAUUGCCUACUGCGAGCGGAUGUCUCAACCUGGGAGCGAUGCCACGUAGCAGAUGUUUGCACCAUUGCCUCUGCAGUCUCAUUGCUCUGCGAAGAUAGCACGGCCGUGCUGGACAUCAUGUGGGCGGCUGCGCUACCUCGGCUCAGGGCUGCACCGGCACCGCUGGCACUGGCUCUGCUGGAUGCGGUGGUGCGAGGAGGGUCUGAUGACCUGCUACACACGGACUCUGUUCGAACAGCUGUGGAUGAGCUUCUAGUGCAGCGUGUAGACUUCGAGCUUUCAGCUUUGGGGCACCUCGCGUACUGA